UUAUUAUUCUUUCUUAAUUAACCCUAUUCCUUGCAGAUAAACCCCAGUCCUCUCCAACAUGGAGGAAGCAGAGGCUUCAACAAACCCAAAACCAAUGGCAAAGGAACCUGCUUUUUGCGAAGGGUGCAAAAAUCACCCGUCAAAAUACAAGUGUCCAGGUUGCUCACUCCAUUCUUGCAGUCUUCCAUGUGUCAAAGCUCACAAGCAACGAACUGGCUGCAAUGGAAAGAGAAACAUGACCAAAUUUGUUCCUCUCUCUGAGUUCGACGAUAAUCUCCUCGUCUCUGGUGCUCUCUUUCUUAAAUCUGUUUUUCUAAGUUUUAUCACAAUGCAUUGUUGGACACUUCUUUCAGCUGGGAUUGAGGUUCCCUAUUGGAAUUUGAUGGUUUUAGUUAUUAUGGGAUUCACUUUCUCUGGCCGUGCGAGGCAUUUUAGGGGUUCCAUUUGUCUUGAUUGGAAUUUGGUUGCCAUUUCUCCCCCUCAUUCUUCUCAUUUCCAGGAUGAUUAUUUCUUGCAGUGUGAUUAUAAAUUUGUUAAGUAGUUAGCUGUUUACCAUUGAAAAUUUGAUUCUUCCAUGAAGUUUGGCUGUUUCUUUAGGAAUUGGCAGUUGGUUUGAGUCAUAAUGGAUUUGUUGGCAUGUUUGAAUAGUUUUUAUGUUGCAACCAUCCCCUGCUACCUAUCUUGCUCUCGUUCCCCUCUUUCUCCCUCCCUUUUUCUCCAAAGUUUCCACAGUUUUGUGUGUGGAUCAUACCUUUUCCAAUGUUUAAUAGAAGCCUUUUUGACAUGCUUUUUAAAGUGUAAUGAAGUAUACCCUUUUUUUCCAAUGUUUUUCUAUUAUUCUAAAUGUUUUGUGGAAUCCUAUGAGUAGAUUAUAAUUUGCUUGAGGAAGUGAAGAGGAUUGCCAAAUCUGCGCAAAGAACAAGAGCCAAAUUAUGUGGUUAUUCUCAUUUUAAGUUACCUUUUGUCCUUCGAAGCCUUCAUAGUGCUGCUGCAAGUCGUGGAACAAAGCUAUGGUUUCAACCAAGUGGGAUGUCGAAGAGGGAAAAGAAUAAAACUCGGUAUAAUCAAAGGUUAUUGCUGCU